AUGAAUUCCGAUACCAGACGCCUCCUACGCCAGUACGAUUCUUACGCGAACCCCGAUCUGUACCAGUACUACGGCCAGGGCCAGGCCCAGCUGUUGUGGAAACGUGCGACUAGCCCGGCCGUCAUUGUCCCCGUCAUCAUCCUCGCCCUCACGCUCCUGCUGCAGCACAGGGGUCUGCCGCAGGCCCCCGGAUACCUGUGGGACCGCCUGGUAGCCAUAACCCCGUCGAGGUUACUCUUCGCGAUAGAUCGCUGGCUCAACCCGCCUCUCUUCCCGCUCCCAAUGCUUCAGACACAAUCUAGAACCCAUGCGGCCAAGAGCGAGGUCCUGCGGAGGGUGCUGGGUCUUGACAAACCCGGGGGGAUCAUUUCGUCCGUUUCUCGAGUUGGGCGUAUGGGCAUAAAUGGAUUGUCUGGCACGGCCCUGGGAACCAAAACCGCGACGGAUCAGCCAGCGGGCCUAGGCAACUACGACAACUCUUGUUACCAGAACAGCAUUCUCCAGAGUCUCGCCGCGCUCAAGUCGUUUCCCGCCUACCUAUCGGCCCUGACAGAUGGGGAGAGCAGCGAGCGGCUACCUACGGGCACCGUCGAUGCUCUUCGCGACCUGAUUACCGAUCUGACAAACGCGUCUAACAACGGGAGGACCCUCUGGACUCCCGGUGCACUGAAGAACAUGAGUUCGUGGCAACAGCAGGAUGCGCAGGAGUACUUUUCGAAGCUACUCGAUAAUAUUGACAAAGAGAUUGCGAAAGUUGCCGGAGCCCGAUACAAGCCGCCGGGGCUCGAACAAGACUGGGCAAAGGACGACGCCUCCUCGAGCCAGCACAGUGAUGACAGUGGCUACCAUAGCCAGUCAAGCCACUCCAGGGCCGGCUUUGAGCCUCGAUCCAUCAGGAAUCCGCUUGUCGGCCUCGUUGCGCAGCGCGUGGCGUGCGUUACAUGCGGCUACUGCGAAGGCCUGUCGAUGAUCCCGUUCAACUGCUUGACACUUAAUCUCGGUGUUAAUUACACCGAGCAUAACUUGUACGAAAUAUUGGACAGCUACACCAAGGUAGAGCCCAUCCAAGGAGUCGAAUGCGCCAAAUGCACUCUGCUCAAAAGAUUGCAUCUCUUGAAGACUCUGUUGCAGCGAAACAGGGAUGCUGGAAAGGCCGAUGAGGAUCUCCCCGGGGUGAAUGAGAGGGUGGCUGCUGUUGAGGAGGCGCUCGAAGAUGACGCUUUUGACGAGGACACGCUCCGGAACAAGUGCAAGGUCCCAGCUCGGCAAAUGUCGACCUCGACCAAAACAAAACAGGCUGUCAUUGCUCGCCCUCCUCAGAGCCUGGCGGUCCACAUGAACCGAUCUGUCUUUGAUGAGACCAGCGGCCGUAUGUCCAAAAAUAUGUCUGCAGUCAGGUUCCCGAUGACGCUGGACCUGGGGCCCUGGUGUCUAGGCAGCGCCGAUAAACUAACCGAGCAGUCUGACGCAAUGGCAGACAAAAGCAUCGAGGAUGGAGAGACGGAAGCCGACUCCCGUGACGAAGAACAGUGGCUGCUCGAGCCCACUUUGUCAAUGGUAGCCGGAACCCGGCACCGUUCUAAGAUCACGGGACCCAUAUACGAAUUGAGGGCUGUUAUCACGCACUAUGGGCGGCAUGAAAACGGCCAUUACGUUUGCUACAGGAGACAUCCGCCGUCCAGCGAGACUGUGAAAAGGGAACCGGUAGACAGUGAAGCAGCCGGCGAUGCGGAACAGCCACCCCGACUCGCCUCCGAUGACGAUGCUGCCGACAAGGGCGAUCCUGAGCCCGCGCCCGAGACUGAGGGGCAGUCUCAGUGGUGGCGGCUCAGCGAUCAAACCGUGACCAAGGUGUACGAAUCAACCGUCCUUGCCCAGGGUGGCGUCUUCAUGCUCUUUUAUGACUGCAUCGAUCCGGCCUCUGUACAAACUUCUAGCCUUGAUGACUACAGGGACGCAUCGCAACAGUUGCAGGACGAUAAUAUCGACUCGCUAGCAUCCGAGGCGACCAUUACGCCGCUCCACCAAGACCUUCCCGAGGAAUGUGGGACGGAUGAGACAACGAAACCUACCGGGACAGGCUCGAAUGCGGCGACCGAGGGGCUAGGUGAGGUUCUCGCGGCGGCGGUAUCAAUACCUCUCCCGCCCGAGGAAGCGGAUUUUGAUCAAGAUAUCGCAAUCGACUAA